AUGACAGAAACCAAUUUGCCCCUUCAAAACAAAGUAGCAAUCGUCACCGGAGCUUCAAGAGGAAUUGGAGCAGCUAUAGCUGAAGCGCUAGCUCUUCGAGGCGCCAAAGUAGCCCUUACGUUUACUUCAGAUAGUAGUGUUGAAGCGACAGAACAAUUGGUUAAGAAAAUUAAAGGCUUUGGAACUUCGGCAGAUGCAAUUAAGAUUCAAGCAGAUUUAAGCCAUGUUGGCAGUCCUAAAUUUAUUGUUGACACCACUAUAAAGGCAUUCGGACCUACGAUUCAUAUCCUUAUCAACAAUGCUGGGCGUGUAACUAAGCCAAAACCCU